AGCGUUUGGUUAGUAGCUAUUCUAUUAACCAAACGUUCCCUACCUUGUUUCUAUUGCAUAAUAUACUAGCGGGAAAUCGACGAAAUUUAGCGGCAAAAUUUGAAAGUAUCGAUUAGUUUCGGAAGAAAAUGAAGAUGGAGAAAUCUUCAGAGGGAUUGAGGAGGGGAGACAUUGUAUGGGCAAGAGUUGUAUACCCUAAAAAAUGGUGGCCUGGUCUGAUUUUGAGUAUCGACGUUUUUGGGAUCGCUGUUUCAUUCUUCGACGGCGGCGAGAAUCCUCGCUAUUUCUUAGAAACGGAGGUGUGUUCCUUUCAAGAGAACUUCGAAUCACUGAUUGGGACUGUUAAAAACUGCAGUAAAGGGGAGGAAUUGGUGGAUGCUGCCCUGAAAUUGAUGUCAAAACGGGUCACUUCAAGCUUGAAAUGCCUGUGCCAUUACCGGCCACCACUGCAAAGUGAUGCAAUUUCGAGGCGGAGCAAGAGAAGUAGGAGAGGGGAUUUCUUUCGACCGGAUGCGGUGUUGGCUUUUGUUCUUGGCUUGGCAGUUUCUCCCUUUGUUAGUAUUUCGGAUUUCAUCUACGCAGUUAACGCAUCUGCGCAGCUUAAUGCGUUUCGCAAUUAUGUAGUAAGCAAGCAAAAGCUGUUUCGACAGCCAGAAGCAACGAGGGAUCACCACGAGAGGGACGAUUUUAAUUGUUUAUCUCCUCCGCUUGCUUUAGGUGCUUGCUCAGGAGUUCAAAAAUCAGAUGCUUUUGAGCUGGAAUUUGAACCCUUGAGUGAUGAUCAACCUAACAGUGGGUCUUGGAUUCAAACUGAGGAAACCCAGUUGCAAUCACUGCAUGAACUGCUGUUAAAGUUGCAUAGUCUUGCUUUAGAUACAAACUAUAUGAGGGGAGAAUUCUUGAAUGCAGUGAAGCAGAAAAUUUUGACGAUCAGAUAUUGUGCAUACCAAACUAUCUUGAAUACUGGGACUGAAAAAUGCUCUUGCAGAAGCAAUGCCGUUCAAUUUUCUCGGACUUGCUAUAAAAAGAGUCGGCCAAGUGUCAAGGUUGUUGAAAAUGAUUGUAGGGAUAUUUCUACCCCUCAUAAAUCAAAUUUCCCAUGUCCUAUUAGCUUCCUGGGGUCAAAGAGGAAUUACAAUUAUCCUGUUGAUUCUGAUUUUUGUUUUAAGUUCUGCAAAACUACAACUCUCUUCUCAAUCAAUGGAGCUGAUGCUGAUAUUCAGAAACGCAAAGCUGGACCCAAUGUAUGCAUGUUCGGUACUUUGAUCUCACAGCCUGCAUUAGCAAACCUUUAUUUGAAGUGUUGCAACACCAUGCCCUUUUCCUUCUCCAAUGGCACAGAUGCUCACUUACAAAUAAACAGAAGCAGAUGUGAGGCAAGUACUUCUGGUGCUUUUUUCUCAGGGUCUCAAGUAGGGGUACUUACCGUUGAUGCAAGGUCAAGAACCACAAAUUACCUAGCAUCUCCCUGUGCUGCCAAUCAAACACAGAUGGAGCCUUGCAAUAGUGGUGAUGCAACUUCUGUGGAAACUAAUAGACAAGAAAGCACUGAUGCGAGUUUCAGAGACAGCUCUAUGGAUGGUGACAAUGAAACUGUUGUGGAAAUCAAUAAACAAGUAAGAACUGAUGCAGCCUUCAGAGACCGCUCUAUAUAUGGUGAUGUUGGAUCAUCCGUGGAAACCAACAAACAAGUGAGCAAUGUAGUUUUCAAGGACAGCUAUAUGGAUGUUGAUGAUGACACAUUAACGGAAACCAAUAGACAAGUAUGCGCUGAUGCAACUUUCAGAGACAGCUCUGUGGAUAAUAAGAAGCUUCACCUACUUUUUACUUGUCAUGUUCCAUUGAAGCCACAAGCAGCUCAGCAAUCACCAUAUGAUACAAUUGCCCAUAGUCGAUCUUUGUGCAUGAAAUUCCCGAAGAAUUUUAUUCUUCCAUUAAAGAAGGAUUUGAUAAGGAAAUUCAGUAUAUUUGGCGAAGUAGAUUCAUUUAGAACCAAAAUCUAUACACGAACUGGCGCCGCCCUGGUGGUUUUCUUACACCAGCUUGAUGCAGUGGCUGCUUAUCAGUAUGCAAAAAGGAAAAGAAAUAUAUUUGGUGAACCAAAUAUCCUGUUUUGGCUUGACUACCCACGUGAGAAAAAGAGAAGAAAAACCAAGUUCAUAGUCCCCCUGCCAAACCUAAAAUCCUGCCUCAAAAAAUCAGAUUUGCAUGGACGAGAGGAUAAGAAGUGCACCAAAAGGGUGAGGUUUCUAAUGGAAACAUAGAUUACAUCACUGCACGGGUGAUUAGAUUCCGUUAUAUGUUGAUUUCUCUCUGAAAAUUGUUGCGAAAAAUUGCGCUUAUGGACUGCACUUGUUCUGAGAGUGCAAUUUUGUUAUUGUUAGUAGGUAAUGUAUGACUACCAGAAGUUUCAUGAGCAACCGAACUUGUAUAGCUUUUGUGAAACUCUCUUAUGUUCUGUACUACAUUAAUAAUGAUGUAGCGAAACAUAAUAUGAAAUACAGAAUUGCUCCUCUCUGGCUGCUUUGUUA